CCAGGGAUUGAUCAGCAGCGGUUCCUGAGCCUCCUAAUGGUUCGCUUGGAUGGGAAUUCGUUCUGGGAUGGAUAAAUAAUGCAUUGAGGAUUGCGUAGUCCAAGGCAAGCCGUCGGUCCGGAGCCAGGAGAGGGAGCCCACGGAGCCUUGCCGGUGACACCAGCGACCAUGGGGGCGCGAGCGGGGCGUGAGGGGCAACGGAGCCAGAGGAAGAGAAAAGGGAAGUGGACGACAGCAUGAUCUGCCCAGCGACUCUGGCCGGGCGGCGGCUGGAACAUGCUGAGCCCAAAGAUCAGGCAGGCCAGGAGGGCCCGCUCCAAAAGCCUGGUGAUGGGCGAGCAGAGCCGGAGUCCUGGCCAGCUGCCUUGCGCCCACCGGCUGGGCCCCGUGCUGAAGGCGGGCUGGCUGAAGAAGCAGAGGAGCAUCAUGAAGAACUGGCAGCAGCGCUGGUUCGUGCUGCGUGGGGACCAGCUGCUCUACUACAAGGACAAGGACGAGACCAAGCCCCAGGGAUUUAUUUCUCUACAAGGGACCCAGGUGACCGAAAUCCUUCCGGGCCCUGAGGACCCAGGAAAGCACCGCUUCGAGAUCAGCCCAGGUGGUACCGGGGAGCGGGAGAAGGUGCCGGCCAGCCCCGAGGCGCUGCUGCUCAUGGCCAGCUCCCAGCGUGACAUGGAGGACUGGGUGCAGGCCAUCCGCCGGGUCAUCUGGGCCCCGUUUGGCGGAGGUACUGCCCGUAGCUCGCAUGCUCACCCUCUAGAACCCUUGCCUUCAGGCAUCUUCGGGCAGCGCCUGGAGGACACGGUCCACCAUGAGCGCAAGUAUGGCCCCCGCCUGGCGCCCCUGCUGGUGGAGCAGUGCGUGGACUUCAUCCGCGAGCGCGGCCUCACCGAGGAGGGCCUCUUCCGCCUGCCCGGCCAGGCCAACCUGGUGCGGGACCUGCAGGACUCCUUCGACUGCGGGGAGAAGCCGCUGUUUGACAGCACGACGGAUGUGCACACGGUGGCCUCGCUGCUGAAGCUCUACCUGCGCGAGCUGCCUGAGCCCGUGGUCCCCUUCGCCAGGUACGAGGACUUUCUCAGCUGUGCCCAGCUGCUCACCAAGGACGAGCGGGAGGGGACUCUCGAGUUGGCUAAACAAGUGCACAGCCUUCCCCUUGCCAAUUACAACCUGCUCCGAUAUAUCUGCAAGUUUCUGGAUGAAGUUCAGUCCCACUCAAAUGUCAACAAGAUGAGUGUCCAGAACCUGGCAACUGUUUUUGGACCUAACAUACUUCGGCCACAGAUCGAAGACCCAGUGACCAUCAUGGAGGGCACGUCCCUGGUGCAGCACCUGAUGACCGUCCUGAUCCGCAAACACAGCCAGCUCUUCACAGCGAGGGCUGCCGAAGGGCCAGCCUCCCCACGCGGGGGCCCCCCGUGCACCGUGGGAUGGGGCUCCGAGGAGGUCACGAAGGACAGCCAGGCAGAGCCCAGCAGCCCCACCACCCCCGGCCUGCCCUCACACAGGACCUCAUCUCUGGACGGGGCCACUGUGGCAGCGCUUUCUAGAACCUCUCCCAAGGGCCUGGGCAGCCACUGCAGCCCGGCUGCCACCAGCCCUGGGAAGAGGGUACAGACUCUGCCCAACUGGAAGUCCUCCUUCCGGCAGCCAGGGUCGCGAUCAGGGAGCCCGAAAGCGGGCAGCUCGGCCCUGGAGGUGCCCGACACCUCCUCCAGCGGGAACUGGCUCAUGAACGGGCUGUCCUCCCUGCGUGGCCACCGCCGGGCCUCGUCGGGGGACCGGCUCAAGGACCCGGGCUCUGCACAGAGACUCUCCACAUAUGACAACGUGCCCCCGGCUGGCCCGGGUGCCAGCACGCCCAGCGGGGCCAGCACGGCAGGGUCCGGAGCCUCCUCUGGCGACGCCUCCGUCAGGGCCUCACUCAGCAGCUGCACUGCCUGCAGGGCCAGCGACUCAUCUGCCUGCAGCUCCCUCGAGCCCUCCCCGUUCCCCAGCAGCAGUGAGGACCACAGAUGUGCGGACCUGGGCCGCGGCCUGGACGGGGCAGGGCCCUGCAUCAGCAGCAGCGAGCCCAGUGACACAGGCAGCCCCGUGCGGGACCGUGCCCACUGCUCCGAGGCUCUGCAGGGCCUGGUCACGGAGCUGCGGGCUGAGCUGUGCCGGCAGCGGACUGAGUACCAGACGAGUCUGAGAAGACUCGAAGAAGGUAGUGCUGACCUGAGGAAACAGAUGUCACGGCUAGAAGAAGAGCUGGACCAGGAGAAGAAAAAGUAUACGAUGCUAGAAAUCAAGCUGAGGAACUCGGAGCGGGCGCGGGAGGACGCGGAGAGGAGGAACCAGCUGCUGCAGAAGGAGAUGGAGGAGUUCUUCUCAACCCUGGGGAGCCUGACCGUGGGGACCAGAGCCACCCGAGCCCCCAAGUAAACGGGUGGGAAGCACUCCCUUCCACCGCGUUGCUCGCUGGCUCUCAGUGGGGAUGGCCGCCGGCCUUGGAGGAGCCAGCCGCCCCUGCAGCCUGGACCGGGGCCCUGGAGCUCCAGAGCCAGCUGGAGAGACAUCCUGACACCCCAGGGUCCUGCUGGAGGCCUGAGCCCCACACAGGAUCCGGGUGUUCCUCUGACAGUGCAGGGCCUGGUGGGGACAGUCCCAUGGCCACCAAAACAUGGCACCUUGGAUCCAAGUAGCCCUCAGGAACAUUUUG